UGUAAAGGUCUGGUUCCAAGGGACUCCUCCAGAUGAGCUGUCUUUUGGACCGAUGGCUUAAGUCCUGAGCGCUUCGAGACCUCUGGGUUACUUCUCUGCUUGUAUAUGUCACAGUGAGGAUGGAAAGCUACAACAUCUCUUCGGAUUUGAACUUCUGCAGUUGCGCCUGAUGUUGUAUGGAUAAAAUGCGCAAUCAAAAGAUGAACAACAUUGUUGUGAAGAGGUCAAAUCAACACAAGCUUUUGGAGGAGCGCAGGAGUGAGGGGGAGAGAGACAUUGUGGACUGUCUGGUAACAGAUAGACAGCAUACAGACUUACAACCAUGCCAAGAGGCAAUAGAAGACAACCCUGUUGUUAAACAUAGGAGGUCUUGUCUGGGCGGGGUCAAAGUUUGCCACAAGCGCCAGGUGCUUCAGGACAUGGCGAGGCCGCUUAAGCAGUGGCUGUACAAACACAAGGACAACCCCUACCCCACCAAGACAGAGAAGGUCCUGCUCGCCCUGGGGUCCCGCAUGACUUUAGUACAGGUCUCAAACUGGUUUGCCAAUGCCCGGCGGAGGCUGAAGAACACAGUGAGGCAGCCAGACCUGAGUUGGGCUCUACGGAUCAAACUCUACAACAAAUACAUCCAGGGCAACGCUGAGAGACUGAGUGUAAGCAGUGAAGACACCAACUCUGAGGAUGACGAGUGUCCCUUACAAACCCCAGCUAGCCAAUCAGAGCUCUCCAGGCCCUCCCUUAAGAGUGUCAUCAAACAGGAGAACAGGACUGAUCCUGCCUUCAGUGACGACUACGUCUCUCCACCCCCCAAGUACAAGAGCAGUUUGCUGAACCGGUACCUUAACGACACCCUACGACACGUGAUGGCGACCCCUGAUGACAUCACAAAGUCCCACCUGAGGAACCACUCAGGGUCGUUCAGCUCCAACGAGUGUGACGACGACCUCGUCUCGCCCUCUUCCUCUGAGGCAGAGACAAACUCGCUCUACCAUAUGGACACGAUGGACUAUGCAUCAACUAGAUGUGACAGUGAGGGGAAGAGUGAGAGAGGCCAGAGGAGGGAGGAGGCAGAGUGGAGAGAGAUCCACGCUGCCAUGGCUCUGACUAACUUGGCCCAGGGGCAGUGCUGCACCACAGGGACUACCACCACCAGCUGCAUCAUCCAGAAGUCCUCCCACAUCUCAGAGAUAAAGACUGUCAAAGUGGCCCUGCCAAACAAUGUCUAGACCACUCCAGGGUGAAGUUUCUCUUGAUCUAGGUACAGAUCUAGGAUCCGCUUCCCCUCUGACAAUCAUAACCUUAACAAUUUGUGGGGAAAACGCAAAACAGCUUCUUUAGAAUGCUGCUGGCUAUGGAUUAUUCCUCCAGAAACCAGAAGCCUACAAGAAAACCUAUAUUUAACAUGGUGAAAAUAAGUCCUUUCCAUUAACCACGUUAUGCCUUACAGUAUUCUUCUGAGUCAGUAUUUCUAUCGGCUGGUAGAUGGAGCCAUUUAUUGGGUCAAUGUGUGUAUUUUUCUAUUGUAACCAUGAGAUUUAUUUGUUUGAUUACAUGAGAACUGUAUUUUUCACUAUAUACUGUAUAUAUAACCAUUUUCUAUUUUUUCUCAAUGACUUAAUUUAUAUUAACUUUAGGAGACUGGAUUUGUAUCCCAGGCAAAACUAUUAGCACAACAUAGCGGUGGAAAUACUUUGAAUGAACUGCAGCUAUUUGAAUAAAUACUUAACUCUUGUUAAUC